CUUUCACUGGGCACUGUACCAUCACCGCGCUCCCAACAGCGGUUACAAAUUCAAUGUUAAGCAAAUGGGCGAAGGGUGGAUCUGCGACAGCGCACCGAACAGCGGCAUUAUGAAGUCAUUCCUUCUGGAUGGCGCCCUCCGCAUAGGAUUCUGCGACCCCGCGCGCACAGACGCACUCGACUGGGUCGACGAGGUGUCCUUGACAGAGCCACCCCCGCCUUUUGACACGUUCACGUGCCGAACGUGGACCAUGCAUUGCAUAACUGGUCUUGUCAACCAAGGCUUUGUCAAGUGCCACGACGUCGAUGCACUCGAACAAGAGGCGGAGAAAUGGGCUACGGUUCAUCACAGCAGCGCUCACGCCGGGAUAAUGCCUCGUCCCGUUGAGGAUGCUCAGACUUGCGAUUUUCGAGAUGUUCUCACAUUGGGCUGAUGUCGCAGUGGAUCAGCGGAUCUACAUUGUAAACGACGCGCGUGUGGCGCUUGUAGUCGAUGUCGUGCGAAUAGCGACGUUGGAUAUCCGAUACGUAUGAUGAAUCAUUCAACUAGUAACUUCCAAGGGUGACAACGGGGAACCGCGUAACAACAUAUCCAGCUCGGUUUGCCCACCCGUAGUUCUGGUCCAUAAAAAGAGAACGCACAUGAAAGACCUGAACGACUAUCCCAACUCAAAGUGACGAAAGUUACUUUGAGCUCGUUAGUAAGAAGAUGGCGGCUGCAUCUCACACUUCGUGAGCAGACUUGCAUGAACGAAUGUAGACGCACUCACUCAUCACCAGCGUAAUGUACCCGAGAUGAGGCCGAACAUCUCACUAUGACCCAUGAUUUCCGC